GUCAUUUAUAAUUAGUUUCCUUUUCCAAAUCUAUAGAUUGGGGGGGGCUUCUAUGUGCCUUGGUGACCAUGUGUAAUCAGGACUGCUGCCAGAAUAGGUCGCCAAUAGCCAAGCUUCUGGCUGCCCGACGACUCCUGAAGCUUGAGGAAGAAGACAAGAAGAAGCCAAAGCUGGUGAUACCUACGCCUCAGAGUCUGUUCUUUAACUAUGACAUGGUGGAGGUCAUGGCCAAGUACAUUAUCGAAGUCAGCCACAUUCGUCCCAAGUAUGGUUUGAUUAGCGGCAAAUUCCUUGGCUCCAUGAUAUCUCUGGUUGAGCAUGCAGUCAUCAUUCCCCAUGCAGACAUACCCAACUUCCCAGUUUCUGAAGAUGCAAAUGGCUUCUUCGUGGUGGGCUUUGUGAUGGGUGCACCCAUUAUGGCAAUGUCCAAUAGGUGCCUAUUCUAUGAGGGCCAAAGCCUGGCCCUUUGUGCCCUGCCCGUUCAGGUGAUGCGACUUUGUGGGGUGAAGACCAUCAUGCUGUCCUGCAUGGCCGCCUCGGUGAAUCCCCACUACAACGUGGGUGACAUCAUGUUGAUCAAGGACCACAUCAACCUAAUGGGCAUGAUGGACCACACGGCUAUGGAGGGUCCCAAAGAUCCCCGCUUUGGCAGGCAACACUUAAGGAUGGUCGAGGCCUACGAUGAGGAGCUCCUAAAAAAGAGCUUUGAGAUUGGCGAGGAGCUGGGCAUUGAGGAGUUCUUGAAGCCUGGCAUCUUUGUCGGCAUUGGAGGUCCUCUUUAUGCCACCUUGGCGGAGGAGAAAAUUCUGCGAUCGCUCGGAGCGGAUGCAUCGGGCAUGUCCUUGAUACCGGAGGUCAUAGCCGCCCAUCAAGGUGGCCUAAGGAUCUUUGCCUUUGUUAUAAUCACGGUGCCGGCCAAUGGCAAACCGGAAAAGAAGGAUUCGGAUGUAGAUGUGGGGAUAACAAGGCCGAAGCAACAAGGCCUGGAGGUGCCGUGGCCGAGAGUUAAGGCUUGCUCUGAUUUGAUCAGUCACCUCCUGUACUAUAUGCACAAUGAUCGUUCGAUUUGAGUUCCAAAUAUAGAUCAUGCCUGGCUUUUUUCUUCA